CUGGGGGCGGCCUCGUGCUCGGCCCCCGGGGGGAGUCGCGCUGCUGGCCCCGGGAGCCCCGGGGUGGGGGGAUCCAGGCCCCGGAGCGCAGCAAGGAGGGGCGCCCCGGGACCUGGCCGGCCUCCCGAACCGCCCCUCACGAAGCUCCCAAAGUCACAGGCUUUCAGAUUUGAACCGAGGAGGCCGAGCGGCCGGGCUGAGGUUCCCAACCGCCAUUGGCUGCGGCGGCGCCGUGACAUCAGCGCGGGGGCUGCGGGGCGGGGAGGGUGCGGGAGGAGCCGGGAAGGGGAGUGUCCGAGCGGCUCCCUGCCCUGAAAGCUGGAGCCCGAGGAAACAGACGCCGGCGCGGACAUGGGCCGCCAGCCCCGCCGCCUCGCGGAGCCCACCGAGGGGACAGCGCAGCCGCGCCGGCUCGGCGCUCGCGUCUCUGGGGACCCAGCCUUAUGAUCACCUCCUUAUCGCCCCCUCCACCCGCCGGACUUCAGAUCUGACCCCAGAUCCACCUGUUGCUUAGAGGGACCCCUCCCCUCCGGCAAGAUGCCGAUCCUCAAGCAGCUGGUGUCCAGCUCCGUACACUCCAAGCGUCGCUCCCGAGUGGACCUCACGGCUGAGAUGAUCAGUGCCCCGCUGGGUGACUUCCGCCACACCAUGCACGUGGGCCGGGCGGGGGACGCCUUUGGGGACACUUCCUUUCUCAACAGCAAGGCCGGGGAGCUGGACAGUGAGUCCAUGGACGAGCAGGCCUCCUCCUCGUCCUCUAAACGCAGCCUCCUCUCCCGGAAGUUCCGGGGCAGCAAGCGGUCGCAGUCAGUGACCAGGGGGGACCGGGAGCAGAGGGACAUGCUGGGCUCCCUGCGGGACUCGGCCCUCUUCGUCAAGAAUGCCAUGUCCCUGCCCCAGCUGAACGAGAAGGAGGCCGCAGAGAAGGGCUCCAGCAAGCUCCCCAAGAGCCUGUCGUCCAGCCCCGUGAAGAAGGCCAGCGGGGAGGGCAGCCCGGAGGAGGCGGGCGUGGAGGAGGCCGUGCCCCGGCGGAACGGGGCUGCCGCCCCCCACUCCCCAGACCCCCUCCUCGACGAGCAGGCCUUCGGGGACCUGACGGAUCUGCCCAUCGUGCCCAAGGCCAGCUUCGGGCUGAAGCACGCCGAGUCCAUCAUGUCUUUCCACAUCGACCUGGGGCCCUCCAUGCUGGGCGAUGUCCUCAGCAUCAUGGACAAGGAGGAGUGGGAAGCCCAGGAGGAGGAUGGCGGUUACCAUGGUGACGAUGACCCAGCAGGCAGCCCCUCCCAGGCUCCACCUUCGGCGUCAGCCCCUCCCCUGGCAAGGCCGGAAGGCGAGGGGGGCCCGGACUUGCCCCCGCUGCCCUCCCGCGCCCUGCAGGAUGAGGGCUGGGCGGCGGCGGCGGCGGCUGCCCCCAGCCCCGGCUCGGCCCGUAGUGAGGGCAGCCACACCACGCGGGACAGCAGCUCCCUGUCCAGCUGCACCUCGGGUGUCCUGGAGGAGCGCAGCCCCGCCUUCCGCGGGCCGGACCGGGCCCGGGCCACCCUCCCGAGGCAGCCUGACACCGAGUUCUCCUUCAUGGAUGAGGAGGAAGAGGAUGAGAUCCGAGUGUGAGGCGGGCGGAGGCGGGGCUCUUGGUUUCGUCCCCUCCCCGCCGCCAGCAUGCGGGGGCAGCCAAGAGCCUGGCUUCAGGCCACAGACCCUGGACUCCAUGGAUGAGGGGCCUUGGCUGAGCUUCGGGGCCGUGGGGGACUUGGGGAGCUGACUUGGGUGUCUGACUUCUUUGCCCACCCUGCCCUGCCGUGCCCAAGCUCUGUCAGAAGUGGCUUCCCUCUCCGGGCCUCCCUUUUCCUCCACCUUGGCCUCCAGUGGCUGCCAGCUGUCAACCUGAGUCCUUGGCACGUGCAGCCAGAGCGGGGCAGCCCGGCGGUGCCAGAGCUAAAUACACUUGACUCACCUCUUUUCUCCUGGCAUUUCUGAUGUGACCGCCAGUAGCCGCCGGAAUAAAUGCGUGUGACAGGUCACAAGUCCCGGGCCCUCCCUCCGCCGGCCCAGGCCCGGGAAGCCCCUUGGAGGAAAGGCUGCCCGGUGUGUACACUAAACGCCACCCCUUCUGGGGGGAAGAGAGCAGGAUGCAGAAUGGAAGGAAGGCCCCUGGGCUUCUUGAAUUUUCAAGAAGGGGACCCUUCCAGGAUGACACUAGAAACGCUGUGGCCCUCUGCUCAGUCCCUGUGGGUUUGUUUGUUGUUGUUUUGUUUAAACCCUUCUAAGCAAUGUCGGGAACGGUGUUCAGAGAGCUGCCACCGGAAGGAAAAACGACUCCUUUUAGAAAACCUUGAUACUAAGUGCUUCCAAACUUUAUUUAGACCUGUUGGGGUGGGUGACUGCGUGUGUGUGUGUAUUUCCUCACUCCCUCCCCCAUAGUUAUUAACAGCGGAAGGCAGCCAGUGUAGAAAAUUUUUGGAAUAUGAUUCUUUUAAAAGUUGUUAUUCCUAUGGGGGGGGAUAAAAAGCGCUCUUUUGACUUGUUUCCCACCCCCCCCUCCUUCCGGCCCCAUACUGACUACUUCCCUUCCUUCCUCAGGCCUCUGCUGCCCUGAAACCCCCUUCCCUACUUCUGAGUCCACAGCCCUGAGGGUAUGGGGUUGCCAGAUUUAGCAACAAAACAAAGCAACAGAAUGCUGAGUGAAAUUAGAAUUUCAGGCAUACAGAGGAGAGUUUUUUAGUAUAAAUAUGCCCCAUGCCGUAUUUGGAAUGCACGCGUGCUAAAACAAAUUAUUCGCUGUUCUUCUGAAAUUCAGAUUUCACUCUGCAUCCGUAGAAGUGUGCCCAAGGGGAUUGAGUCGAGCUUGGGGGUGAGUCCCAGGGUUAAUAGAUGGCCUGUUUUUCUGUCCUGGGAACAGGCUGACCCACCUCCUCCUGUCCCCUUGUAGCCAAUGGAGGGCGGGGGCAGACAGAACCACCCCAGGAUCCAGCCAGGGCAGGGCACGCAGCUGGCCCGGCCUCCUGGGUUUUCCCAGAUCCAGACUCGGACACUAGUUUAGUUCUUGAUCCGUGUGCCCCAUUGGUGCUCGUUGCUAGUGUAGCUCCCUUGGUGGGGGAGGGAUUGAAGAGGCUGCGCAGCCCCCACCAUCUGCCCUUGAAACCCAUCUAGACAGUGGUCAGUUCCAGAUUCUAAACUGCGUUUUUUUUUUUUUUUUUUUUCCGUGAAAAUGUUAAAACAGCAAGGAAACAUUAAAAAAGCCUACAGCA